UCUCGCUCAGCUCCAGAGGAAUGUGUUUGUGCAAGUCUGCUGUACUUUGCCCUGCCCCUAGCUGGGAAUAAUUAUUCCUCUUAAAGUGUUCCAGGAAGACAACUCAUCAAGCGGGGAAUGUGGCUGUAUGGACAGAGCUGAUCACUUUAGCAGCUGACAUUAUCAUUUGAAAGGAUUUGAUGUUCUUAAAUUGCCACAUUCUCCAGCAACUGUGAUCAGAUCUAGGAAGACCAGAACUUUCUGGAUGGGACUUUCGACUCCACGUCAACAAGUUUUGCAAGAAACACGUCACACAGGUUUUAACUGAACUUUAUAUACGAGUCAGAAUGGAGGUUGUGAAACACGCCGGUGGCUGCCACUGUGGGGCGGUUAGGUUUGAAGUCUGGAGUGCUCCAGAUCUCCAUGUUUUUCACUGCAACUGUAGCAUUUGCACAAAAAAACAAAACCAUCAUUUCAUUGUCCCUAAAGAUCACUUCACACUCUUGCAGGGGUUGGAUAACCUGACCACAUACGCUUUUAACUCUCACGUUGCGAAACACACUUUCUGUAAAACGUGUGGUGUUCAGAGUUUCUACACGCCCCGCUCCAACCCUGAUGGAUAUGGUGUUGCUCCACACUGCCUGGAUCCAGGUACCGUCCGCAGUGUCACCGUGGACAACUUCUGUGGAGACCAGUGGGAGGAAAGCAUGCAAGCUCACAAGAGCAUCAGGGGCAUGUCUAAACCUCGAGAGGACACGCAGAAAACAUAAAACUACCGUGGUUCAGGAACCAAACUUCCUUUAAUGAGAACUUCCUGAGAAAUGUUGAAGAUGAGCAGCUAUUUUAUACAGUGUCACGACUGAAAACAAUAAAGUUACCCCUUUACCAAA